UAAAACCAUUUAAACUGGGUGUUCGGAUUUAUAUGUCACUUAGUAUAUGUAUGUGAAUGCCUGAGAGGUACUGAGUUAACCUACCUUACCGAAUUUCCUUCUUGUUGUUACGCCUGAAAUAGUCAUGUUUUCCUACUUAUAUUGAGGAAAACACAAAUUGAAGGUUUUAAUUUUUUUGUUCUUUCCACUACAGACAGACAAACGGACCGAUGGAAUCGCUUUUUCGUGAUGUCCAUGUCAUGUAAUAUCCAAAAAACGUAUUUUAUUUUGCGAUUACAAUACUUUCCGCUAGUGGCGCAUAAGCAUAAUACGAGGUGUAUAAAGUUGUCCUUCUGAUAGUGAUAGUUCACCUUACAUUUUUUAAAAACAGAUGGAGAUAUCGAGAUGGAUUUUGAUACACGCAAAUGCAUUAUUAAAGGACAUAUAACUUUAUACAUAUGAUGAUAUAACUCUCUAUUUUUAGCGGAAAAAAACGUACACCGGUUUUGCAUAAAAAUAUAAGUUGUAUCUUAAAGCCACAUUGAUUCACGUUUUCGUAAAUCUCAAUGUUAAAGUGUUAAACGCUACAUUCUCUCAAAUCUUAUGUAAAUUAAUGAGGAAAAAUAUAAUAUCCUCGGUACAAUGACUGUCUCUGUAAAAUAUAUACAUAUAUUAAAUCCACCCACCACAUACCACAUUCGUAAACCACAUGCUACUGUUAAUAGUAAUAAGGCAACAUAGUUCCGAGCAAUUCAAGUGGAACUGCGAUGAUGUCAUAUAUAUCCCACUCGGUCCACGUAUUGUUUUUUUUAGUGAUGAAUAAUGUUUUAAAAGAAAAGCGACAACUCAUUCGCUAGCGUUAUUAGUCGAUGAAUUUUUGGCACGAGAAAAGAGGAGAGGCAGUACAGAUUGAAUAAAUUUAUGAUUGGGUAUUUUGUUUUCGUUACUGAAACAUGAGAUUGUUAAAACUAUCUGAGCUGAGCUAAUAACAGAUUGUAACCCCAAAGCUAACAACUGCUUUUAAUUUGCAUGUCUUACGAACGUGAAACAAUAUCUGGAGGAAAUAAGUCUUCUUCCACGACCAGCACAACAACACAGUCCUCAACAGGAGGUACAGGUGGAACAGACCUCGCCAGACCUUCAGACUCAAUGAGGACGUGGUAUGAUGACCUGAACUCUCCCCUCAUCCAAGAUCAUGGAGAUAACAAACAGCUCAAACUGAGAUUCGACGUCAGCCAGUACGCUCCAGAAGAAAUUGUCGUCAAAACUGUGGAUAACAAACUACUAGUCCACGCUAAACAUGAAGAGAAGACAGAAUCAAAAUCUGUUUACAGAGAAUACAACAGAGAAUUCUUGCUGCCCAAGGGCACAAAUCCAGAGCAAAUCAAGAGCUCGCUGAGUAAAGAUGGUGUCUUGACUGUUGAAGCUCCACUCCCAGCUAUUGCUUCAGGAGAAAAACUGAUUCCAAUUCAGCAUUAGGACAAUAAGCCGAUUCGUUUUUGUUUAUUUUUUUCCAUAAUCUCUUAAAUAUUAGAUUUGUUUUGACGUUGAAGCUUAUUCCAUAAAAUUACCUUAUUAAUAAAAUUAUAAAGUACAACUGCAAUGAAAACAGUUAAGACAAAUGAAUCGCUAUUUCUUGAUACGACUUGUCAUAGUAUUUCCCUAUAAAUGUAUUAAAACUAUGUGGAAACAUGUUUAGAUAUUUUAAGUUUCUAUAGAGAUGUAGAACUGCAAAAUUUUGACGUGUAUGGCCUAAAUGUACUUUAUAAGUUUAUUAUUAUUUGUUAGUCACUGUUAUAUGGAAUUCACAAAGCAAUUUCUUUUGCAAUAUUUGUUAUUUUUAAUAUAAAUUCUGCUAACUUUAUGUUACUUUUUGUUUAUUUUGGAUGUUGCUAUCUAUACACAUAUACACACGAAACAGAGUAGAAUACAUAUAUUAAAUUAUAUCUUUUUUGUAAGUUAUUUAUAAACAAUACAUGUAUUUUUAAAAA